UCCGUGAGUGAUGGUAGCUAUAUUAUGUUACAAGAACUGCGCUUUUUAUAGCAGUACCGAAACCGGGAUAUUUACUUCUGCUCGGACAGUAGUAUAAAUAUAGUUCCGUGACCAAUAUAGCGCAUUGUGGGUUAACUUACGGACUCCAGGCAGUCCAAAAACUCUAACAGGCUGUGCGGAGAUUUCGUCCACGUUGCGUAGUUUGCUUUAUUUAGUUAUGUCGUAGAAGCAACGUGUCAUUCGUUCACACUAGAAAAGGUGCUUUAAAAACAGUUUUUAAUAUUAUAUAGAUUUUUAGAUAAAUAGAAGCUCAAUGAAUUUCGACGCGGUUCUGCGACAUCUUGGAGAGUUUGGGACCUACCAGAAGAGGCUAUGUACUCUGCUGUGGCUUCCAGGAAUCACCACCGGAAUGCGGAUGGUGGUUAGCGCGUUCAUCCAGUUUAUUCCGGAACAUAGGUGCGUAAUUCCAGGACUCAACAGUGACACGUACGCCAUCCAGUCACAUGAUCACGCUCGACUAAUCAACGAAAGCAUUCCUUUUAAGAUCGUCGGUGGACGAAUAGAAUAUGAUCCGUGUCGUGUCUACAUUCGGGACCCGGGCAGUAAAAACAACGACACGUGGAAUAUAAACCAUACUACACUGGCAACAGAGGCGUGUAAUAAAUGGGUGUAUGACAGUUCUGUUUUCGUGUCCACCGCGGUAUCCCAGUAUGACAUGGUGUGUGAUAACACUUUGGACAGAACCAACGCCCAGUCUCUCUUCAUGGCUGGGUUUCUAGUCGGUGUCUUCGUAAUAGGGGCCUUCUCUGACAGGUUUGGACGUAAAACCGCUCUAAUGGUGUCGUUGCUGGUGAAUCUGAUCUGCGGCUUCUCUCUCAACUAUCUCCCAGAACACAUCAGCUACACCAUGUUCCGGUUCCUGUUAGGAGCGUCCUCUAGCGGCAUAUUUACAACUUCCUUCGUGAUGAGUGUGGAGAUCGUCGGUGCGUCCAAGAGGGUGUUUGUUGGAGUGUUCAUCCAGUACACGUUCGCUGCUGGCGAGUUGCUUAUCUGCGCAGUGGCCUACUUCCUGCGGCACUGGCAUCAUAUCGAGAUCGUCUGCACAGCCGCAGUGGCCAUCUUCCUGUCUUACUGGUGGCUAAUUCCCGAAUCUCCAAGAUGGCUGGUCACAAAAGGACGGACACAGGAAGCGGAAGUCAUUGUCAGAAAAAUGGCAAAGGUCAACAAGGUCACGGUACCGGAACAUCUCUUUGCCGAAAAGAUGGAGGAAGAAGAAAAGGGAAGCCGCUCUCAAAUAAAAGAUUUUUUAAAGCUGUUUACGCGAAGAGUGCUGCUGAUUAGGACGUUAAUCAUAUUUUUUAACUGGUUUGUUAUUAGCAUGCUGUACUACGGCGUGUCACUGAACACGAGGAAUCUAGGGGGAAGUAACUUCUACCUGACGUUCGCGAUCUCGGGUCUGGUCGAGUUCCCAGGUAUAUUCCUGUGUAACCUCUUCAUGGAUCGCUGGGGCCGGAAGCGCUUGCUGUGCGUCGUCAACGUUGUCGGGGGAACGUGCUGUCUGCUGACCAUAUUCACUAUACUCUACGCGUCCGAGUCUCUUCAGUGGAUGACAAUAAUACUGGCUAUGAUAGGCAAGAUGGGCUCCGCGGGAUGUUUUGCUAACGUGUACGUGUUCUCGUCCGAACUCUUCCCAACUGUCGUACGAAACGUCGCGGUCGGUGCUAGCUCCAGCUGGGCUCGUGCAGGAGCCAUGAUGGCGCCCUAUAUAGCAUACGCCGGUGAGAUAACAGGAGGAGAUUUCGGCAGGGCACUUCCACUGCUGGUGUUCGGCAGCGUCACGUUAGCGGCAGGACUACUUGCUCUUGUGUUACCAGAAACACUAAACAAAGAUCUUCCGGAGACCAUCGAGGAGGCGGAACACUUUGGAAGAAAAUCGAUUUCAACAGAAGACGAGGAAGUCAUGGGAGGCUUAAAUCAUGAAACUAAUAACAGCGUUGCCAUGGAUACCAAGUGUGGAAGUGACCGCCAUGAGAAAUUGUUAGCCAAUGGCAACAUGGAUUAGUUUCUUUUCAUGAACCACAGACACAGUCAUAGCGCCCUCUAGCGCUGUGUGUGACUUGUAUUAUGUGAAGGUGGUGCUUGUGCGUUGUCGGCAGAUACGACUGCCACGUUUCUGCAACCAAACCGUCGCCAGUAUAAAAAUAUUCACCAUUUGCUAAAUGUGACCUCGCAGACCUUUAAUUUGAUCAUGUUUGUGGGCGCAGGUUGGAAGGAACCGGAAGAGGGGGACUAUGCCCCCAAAUGAGGACCAAACAAAAACAUGUUUCAAAGAGAUUAAAAAAAAACCCAGAACCAAAACCACAAUUAAAAAACCCAAAACCAAACAAACCCGCAUACAAAA